AUGUUGGCUGUCCAGAAUAUGAAAGUCAGCGUCUUCCUUUUGUGGUGGGGAUGGGUUUUGGCUACUGAAAGCAGAGUGCACUGGCGAAAAAGAGACGUACGGGAGAUGUCGAAAAAAGGCAGCCCAAUUCAUAAACGCAGCCCUGACAUCACCAAAUCGCCACCGACACGAUCAGAACAGCUCCUGAGGGUAGAGGACCACGACUUCAGCAUGCGGCCUGGCUUUGGAGGUCCUGCCAUUCCUGUUGGUGUGGACGUGCAGGUGGAGAGCUUGGAUAGCAUCUCAGAGGUCGACAUGGACUUCACGAUGACCCUCUACCUGAGGCACUACUGGAAGGACGAGAGGCUGUCCUUCCCGAGCACCAACAACCUCAGCAUGACGUUUGACGGCCGGCUGGUGAAGAAGAUCUGGGUCCCCGACAUGUUCUUCGUGCACUCCAAGCGCUCCUUCAUCCACGACACCACCACAGACAAUGUGAUGCUGCGGGUCCAGCCGGACGGCAAAGUGCUCUACAGCCUCAGGGUUACAGUGACUGCCAUGUGCAACAUGGACUUCAGCCGGUUUCCCCUGGACACACAAACGUGCUCGCUUGAAAUUGAGAGCUAUGCCUACACGGAAGAUGACCUCAUGUUGUACUGGAAGAAAGGCAAUGACUCCUUAAAGACAGAUGAGCGGAUCUCACUCUCCCAGUUCCUCAUCCAGGAGUUCCACACCACCACGAAACUGGCCUUCUACAGCAGCACAGGCUGGUACAACCGUCUGUACAUUAACUUCACGUUGCGUCGCCACAUCUUCUUCUUCUUGCUCCAAACCUACUUUCCCGCCACCCUGAUGGUCAUGCUGUCCUGGGUGUCCUUCUGGAUCGACCGCAGAGCCGUGCCCGCCAGAGUCCCUUUAGGGAUCACCACGGUGCUGACCAUGUCCACCAUCAUCACGGGCGUGAACGCCUCCAUGCCCCGCGUGUCCUACAUCAAGGCCGUGGACAUCUACCUCUGGGUCAGCUUCGUGUUCGUGUUCCUGUCGGUGCUGGAGUACGCGGCCGUCAACUACCUGACCACCGUGCAGGAGCGCAGGGAGCGGAAGCUGCAGGAGAAGCUUCCCUGCACCUGCAGGUUGCCUCAGCCCCGCGCGGUCCUGCUGGACGGCAGCUACAGUGACGGGGAGGUGAACGACCUGGGCAGCUACACCCCUGAGAACGGAGACAAGCCGGACAGGAUGAUGGUGCAGCUGACGCUGGCCUCGGAGAGGAGCUCCGCACGGAGGAAAAGCCAGAGAAGCAGCUACGUGAGCAUGAGAAUUGACACCCACGCCAUUGACAAAUACUCCAGGAUCAUUUUUCCAGCCGCAUACAUCUUAUUCAAUUUAAUAUACUGGUCGAUUUUCUCAUGAAUGCCUGUAAUUCUGUAAAUUUCACAUUCUUCUGUAUGUGCUACAGAAAUACCUGAAUGAUGAAAAAUAAUUUGUUAUGAUGAAAAGAAAGUUCCCAGUACCCACCCUUCUCCAACUUUAGAAACCACACUGAUAAGGCACUUACUGGUUUAAUUUGCACGUAUUGACCACCUGUUGUAUACACAGCAUGAUACUUGGUGCUGCAGGUAUAGAGACACCCAUAGCAACGAUGAUAUUGGUACUGGAUCCCCUAGGAAAGCAGUCUGUCAGUGGGGUGGGCCCACUGUAAUUCAACCUCUUUAAGACCCUAGAUGCUUAUUCAUUUGAACUAUGUCCUUUAUGUGAGCAUCAUUCUAUUCUCUGGACCAAGUGGAACUGGGAAGCACCUAAAGUUCAUUUACAUGGAACAUACAUGCACCUAAAUCCCCACUUUGACUAAAAUUCAUACUUCAGUUUAUAGCCUGUUACCUAUUUUAUAUGCAUCUCCUCGUGUGUAUUUCAACACAAGACAAUAAUAAUAUUCCUACUUUUAUUUACAAUUUGUGGUUCCUGAAAUUUCAUCUCUUCACGAGAAAAGCUCUUUAGAUUGGUGCAACGGCUUCUGAUUUGGGUAGGAAUUUCCCUGGUAGGGAAACUUUGAAGAGGAGGGUAUAUGCAUGUGUUUUGUCAGUUUUGUCAUAGAGGUAACUAGACCAGAAAACUUGUAAGUGUUCCCUGUUUAAUAAUCACUGCUUCCUGGAUCUCCAUCUUGGAGCAUGUCCAAGUACAAAGUGAAGUCAGUAAUGUGAUAUCUUCACUGAGAAACCUGGGAAUAGACCAAUUUUUUUCUGCAUAAACGUUUCAAGGAAAUGUGUAAUUUGGGACUACCUGUAACUCUUUAGGAUGAGAAAUACUCACAUGGUUUCUGAAUUUAAAAAAGAGCACCAAAAAGAAAAAGAAAUGGGAGCACAUCACUGGACAUCUCCAUUUAUACUCAGUGAAUACCAACAUUUUCUGUGAACCAGAAAAUAAUAGCCACUGAUGUCAGAGCAUGAGAUAAAGGAGAGGGUUCUAAUUUGACGUGUCAUUUAAAAACAAAUAGCUAUUCAUACUAUAUAUCUACAGGAUCAACCCCUACCAAACUUAUCCAAACAGCACUUGUUUGAAACUCAACUGAAUUCUAUACACAAUAAUGUCAUUUUUAUUCCAAAGUUAAUCUGACUGAUCCCUAUGCUAAAUUAUAUCAUGUUAUUUCUUAAUGAGCACUAUACUUUGUUCUAAUCUUUAAAAAAAAAAACAAAACCAAAUUUGCAGAAAGCCUAAUUACAAGGCAAUCUCCCAUUUCCUCCAAUAAAAGCGCAUCCAAAAAAAAGUUUUUUUAGCAAACUAUAGUAGAAAAAAGUAAAGGAAUACAGAUGACAUAGUUGAAUGUCAACUUUUAAUAUUAAAAAAUAUUUUUAGAACAUUACCUUUUUCAUGCUUAUUUUAUGGGACAAUUUCAAUCAAACUUCGCAAACAUCUUUGCCACUUGCUUCGCUUGUCCUCAUGAGCAGGGCCACCCUGAAUCACCUGGCGGGUUUCCGGG